AAAGAGUACGAUGCGAGUCUACAAAAUCUGAAUGUACACAAUUCGCAUGAAAUCAAACCAUUGAUUUUGUUUCAUUUAAAUUUAUGUUUCAUUUUAGGAGAAGAAAUAACAUUAACAAGUUCGCUUUGUUAUAUCCCCGCACUUGUUCCAUAUCAUUCUCAUGAUAAACGCCCAGAAUAUUUAAUUUAUGCUGGAAUUGUAUUCACAGUAUUAACUCGCUUUUAUCUGUAUGAAUGGGGUAAUAAUGACUGGGCUCAGAAAGCUCCAGAACAUUUAGUUAACUUAGCAUAUAAUGGUAAAUUACAAGAACUAACUCAACAGAUCGUUAUUAUGGAUCAAAUACUUUCUGAUGAUGUUAAUCAUGGAAUCCCUUCAGAUGCUAUAGAUGCUGUAUUAAAAACUGUGAAUGGUAUCAAAAUUAAGAAUAUUAAGCAUCUAGCAGAAUUAAUUGAUGAAAUAUCAAAUAAGGAAGAUAACGGUUUUAUUCGAUUUGAAACAGAAUCCGAAGAAUUUAUUGUAGUUCAGUGUAAUCAAGCUAAACAAUCAGAAGAAAGAAUUUUAAAACAAAAUUCCAUAGCCCAUGCAAGAAGUGAACAUUUACGUUAA